ACAACUUCAGUUUCCACUGAGAGGGAGUACGGAUUGAAUGACAGAACCGGUCUGACAGAUAUAUCUAUGUCAGAAUUCAUAGUAUACAAGCUGGACGACACAGAACUGAAGGUGCUAACUGAGUUGACAAUACAGUACGACAAUGAGCCAGACCUACAGCCUAAGAAGCCGGAGAACCUGGAAGUGACCAGGUCAAGCGUCAAGUAUGACAGGGAGAGCUGUCAAGACUCCCUCUGUGGCAUCAUGACUGUCACCCAGGGGCAUUUGAAGAACAGGACCUUUGAGAUAUUAUUAAAGAUUGCCAAAAAAGGAAUUGACGCUGACAACAUAGUGAGAAACUCAUCAAUGAUUCACAGCCUUGAUUUCAUAAAUCUACUGAGCACUAUAUCCCAACUGAACUACACAACCCUGAAGAGAAUCUUCGAGGACCUGGUCUUGGGAACUAGCUACGAGCUGGAGACUUCUAGAAAUAUAUUCCUGGAGAUGCUUCCGUACGCUGGCUCAGAUGCUUCAGUCAGAUUUGUGAAGCACUUAGUCAUUGAGGAGAAGGAGAAAAUAGAAGAUUCCGCGCUGAUUGCAAUGAUCAGAAAGCUGCCGUUCACUGGAGCAAACUACACCCAAGAGUUGUUGCAAGAGCUGGAGCCGUUCACCAAAUUGGGACUGGACUUCCCACAGGAAAUCAGACACUCGGCUAUCCUUAGCUUCUCUACCCUCCUGCAUCAGACCAAGAGGGAUGGGAAAGUAGGGGACGAUUACUUCGACAAUAUGGUGGUGAAAUACGUCAGGAUGUACAGUGAUUGUCCCCACUACAUGGACCGACUGAUCUGGCUGCAAGGCAUCAGCAACAUAGGCUUCUGGGCGCAGAAAUACACGAUGGAAAUAUUCACUGACACCUCCAAGAAACGAAACGAAAGGUUAUGGGCUGCAUUCUCUACCAACUACAUCGACAACCAGUACUAUACUGAUGGACAAGUUCGGAUAGUAGACCUGCUUCUCCCGAUCCUGACCAACUCCACCGAAGACCUGCAAAUCAAAAUGGCGGCCGUCCACGUCUUUCUGACAUCAACAGCGAUUACUCAGAAUGAUUUCUUGACUAUCCAAAGAUAUUUAGUCAGAGAUGAGACUCUGUAUCGGUUUUGGUACAUGGCUAUUAAGAGUUUAGAGUUGAAUAAAAACUUCGAUGGAUAUAAGUUGGCCUCAAUGUACGUCCCAGCAGUAUCAGGCCUGAAGUACUACCUCAACACCGACUUCUGGUCGGUCAACAACCUCAUCAUCAGCUCCGCCGACCAGUCGUCCACCCUCCACCUGCUGUCCACUGGGAACCCUGGAGAACUGCCCAACUUCGCUGGUCUGAGGCUGUCGGUGGGAGGAAAUAGAGUUUCUGUCUACAUCUCAGCAGAAGGCGUAGCCUCCAACAUAUACAAGAGGAUGCACAACUUCAACGAGGAUGAGCUGAAGAUGGAGAAGCUGGUGGAACUCCUGAAAGAGUUCAAGGUGUGGGCCACAAAGUCUUCGGAAGAGGUGCACAUAGAUUUCGUAGUCAAAAUCCAAGAGAAAGCUAUUUUCGUCUCGCACAUGAAUCAAACUAGGUUUGACAGCUGGAACUUGCUGGAAUUGGCCAAGUCAGUAAACGAAUUUUUACGACUCGGCAGCCACAUCAAUCAGCAGCUCGUCUACUGCCCGACGCAUAAGGAGUUGAUUUUCCCAAACGAGCUCGGUAUACCAGUGAAACUACAAACGACUACACUAUCGUUCACUUCAAUCCGAGGAAACCUGACAACACCAUCGACGGAUCUGCACAUAAGGUAUCAAGGCGUAACCCUGACAUCCUUAUCAUCUUUCGGCGCGUUCUUCCAAUCUGAGCACACGAUGCGAGUGCAGACCUCCACGGUAGCUCACUUGCCCAUCAAGUUCAACGUCACUGCUGGACCCACUGGAGUGGUCAACUUUAUAUCUCCAAACCUGCAACGCGGUGGUAUAGUGAUGCACACAAGAGUACAAGUGGAGAAGCGAGCCAAUGGGACUGUGGAUGCUUUCACUUUGAAACGCGACGGGCAUGAUUAUGAGGUGAACGAAUCGAGCAUAUAUUUCGACUGCGACCACUCCGCUGCAGGGUUGGGAUUCGAGGAUCUCUUCACCACCAGUUUCUACGACUUCCUCAAUUCCCUGCGCUCCUCCAGAUUGAUCCUCAACAGUUUCCCUAUCCUUGUCUCCUCACCCUCCAAGUCUUGCGGCGUCAUCUACCCUCCCAAGACCUUGGGGGAUGAUAAGGGGCUCUUGGCCACCCUGGUGGUAGACGACGCACCAUCAGUCGUUGGGUUCCUAUCAGGGCAGCAGGAGCAGUUGAAACUGACGCUGCUUUUGAAGUAUUAUAGACAAGACGUCGAAGCUCCAGAAGAUGAUACCAUCUUCAAACUGGAUGCGGAGUUCGAAAUAAACAAUUUGGACGACAAAGUCACUACGAGACUGGUUGCUAAUGGAUCCAGGCCUAAGUCACCAGGAUCUAACUGGAGGCUGUUAAUAGAGAACCAGGACUUCAAUAUCUACGCCAAGAACAUGCCUCAAGGCACCAGCUACGCCGGCAGCUUCGCCGUCAACUUCGUGACGUCAUCCAAGGCCAGGGUCCUGAAGGUGGAAUACAGUGACAAUAAAUACUCCUUGGGGAAACUCCUCAACUUGAAGAUUACUAACAAAAAUUUACCAAGUGACAUGUUGGCCAAUCUGGGUCUGGGGUGUGAAGCGGAGACUUUCAGGCAAAAACCUUUGUUCAGUACUUCUGAAGAUCUAGCCCAAUUCAACGUUACUUUAGAGGUGAAGAACGCUAUAGCAUCGUUGGCUGUGAAUAAUGACGCGAAGAUUCAAUUUGUGUCGCUCGGCUUUGACAGACUCUUCGAAGCCUGGACCAAUCUGAAGAUGAUAAACAACUACUACAAGGAAUUCUCGCCGUCGCAAAACGGUACAGCGGAGAAAAAUUUCGAGACGUGGUUCAGGUUCGGACCCCACGGAGGCACCACCGAAUGCACUGAACGACUCCUACUAGGCGACUGUACUGAGAAACCCAGGUUCGCAAUCACCCAACUCAAGCAGGGGGGGCUGAAGGUUUACGCGGGGGGGUACUACGUCACGGUGGAGAGGACGGGGAGGCAGAACAUGUUCAUCAAUAUGACGCAAUCGGACAACCAUUUGAAGGUCUCCGAAAUCAAAAACGGCGUGAAGAUCACCUCGCCUCACACAGGCGUCCAGGUCUAUUACAGACACCAGGAUAUGCUGAUCCUGGUGCCAAGCUCGCAUCUCCACGCCAUCUGUGGGCAUAUCGUGGCAUCUUUGCCCAUAGAUGCUAGGAUCUGUGGGAUACACUAAUUAAGAUAGCGUAACAUAGCGGUCGACAAAUGUUAUGUAGAAUCAUAAUUAUGUCGACAGUUGCUAGACUAGAAUCUGUGAGACAUUAGAGCUCGCUCCUGCACGCCAUCAGUGGGCAUAGCGUGGCAUCUUUGCCCACAGAUGCCAGAAUCUGUGGGAAACACUAGCUAGGAUAUCGAGACAUCCCUGUCGACAUAACUUAUAUAGCAUCUGCACUCUAGACAAGUGACAAGACGUGACAGUUGUAAUUUGAAAUCCCUACGCUCCGGCGUUUUUGUUUGUAGUUAUUCGUACAUCGCUCUGUGAAGGAAAUUCGAAGUUGCAAACGUCACGUUUUUCCACUUGUCUAGGGGUGCUGGGGCAGGCAAUAACUAGGAUAGCGUGGCAUCUCUGCUCAUAAGAUGCUAGAAUUUGUGGGGCAUUAGAGCUCGCAUCUUCAUGCCAUCUGUGAGCAUAGCGUGGCAUCUCUAUCACAUGCUAGGAUUUGUGGGAAACACUAAUUAAGAUAGCGUGGCAUCUCUGUCAUAUGCCGACAGAUGCUAGAAUCUGUGGGACAUUAGAGCUCCCAUCUUCAUACCAUCUGUGGGCAUAGAGUGGCAUCUUUGCUCACAGAUGCCAGAAUCUGUGGGAAACACUAAUAAUAAGGUCGAAAAGAGAUGAUUUGGUGCUAAAUUACAAUAAAUGUUUAACCCACUUCAUGCAUUGUACAUUGAAAUAUCAAAGUAAAACUACUUUCCCAUAAAAAUGGAAUUGCACAACUCAAAAAUAAAAAAUUCCUUAACAACAAAUCUGUAUGUUCUUUCUUUCAAAAAGUGAUAGUAGACCAUAUUUUGAUAAUAGCACAAAUUAAUAAGUGUAGUCUUAAUGCAAUCAAUAAUGUGUAGGUAAUGAAUGUAAAUAAUUAUUUUUAUUUAAUUAAAUAUACAGUAUGUAAGUGAA